AUGUUCAAGAACACGUUUCAAUCUGGGUUUCUGUCUAUUUUGUAUAGUCUAGGAAGUAAGCCUCUUCAGAUAUGGGACAAAGAAGUUGUGGAUGGACAUGUGAAGCGUUGCCAUGAUGAUGACAUACAAUCGAAUGUGCUUGAAGUAGUUGGAUCAAACAUCCAGUCUACAUACAUUACAUGUCCCGCUGAUCUUUCCGCAACUCUUGGCAUCAAACUCCCCUUCUUGGUCUUGGUAGUAAAGAAUCUGAAGAAAUACUUCUCCUUCGAGAUUCAGAUUCUGGACGACAAGAAUGUGCGCCGGCGUUUCCGAGCUUCUAACUUUCAAUCUGUGACUAGAGUAAAGCCAUAUAUUUGCACAAUGCCACUGAAGAUGGACGAUGGAUGGAAUCAGAUUCAGCUCAACUUAGCUGAUCUUACAAGGAGAGCUUAUGGCACUAAUUAUGCUGAGACAUUGCGAGUUCAGAUUCAUGCUAACUGCCGCCUCAGGCGCAUAUAUUUUGCUGACCGUCUCUACUCUGAAGAAGAGCUCCCUCCCGAAUUCAAGCUUUAUCUCCCAGUCCAGAAAGCGUGA